AUGACAAAAGAUAGUUUAAAUGAUCAAUGUAUUCAAAGUGAUGAUAAUAAUAAUUACAGAUUAGUUUCUCAUAAUAAAAGAUAUGAAGCAUGUAUGCAAGGUGAUGGUAAUUUUGUAAUUUACUCAUUAGUUAAUAAUUCAAGUGAUAGUAGACGUGUAAUCUAUGCAACCAAUACAUGUCAUAAAGGUAGUGGACCAUACAAAUUCUAUUGUCAAGCUGAUGGUAAUAUGGUUGUAUAUUCAAAAGAUAAUCACCCAUCUUGGAGCUCAAACACUUGUAAUAAACAUACUCAUAGACCAGGUCCAUACCAUUGUAGAUUAUAUGAUAGUGGUUCCCUCAAAGCUUAUGAUGGUAAUAAUAGCAUUAUGUGGUCAUCUCCAAUUGAUUCUCAACUUGGUCAUUGUUAA